AUGCUUAAGCUAGAUUCACAGUUAGGUGGAUUAUUGUCAAAAGAAUCAUCCGAAGAGGAUUUUACUGGAAAGACCGGACAGGCUAUAGUUCUCAAACUUCGAGGACUUGGCUCGAAAAGGAUAGGUCUAAUUGGACUUGGAUCUACUACAUCAGCAAUUGCAUCUUAUCGCAAUCUUGGAGAAACUCUUGGGCUGCGUCUUCACGAAAGAUAUCAACAAGGCAAUGCUGAUAAGCGAUGCUAUGGAGGCUGGGACGAUUCAGAAUUAACUCAGCUCCAGCACGGUCUUAAGGACAGUGGAAUUGGAUCACAAGGAAUCACCAACAGCAUUGACAUGAUGACAAAGGUGAAGAGCACUGUGAUCAAUUUGUCAACUCCUUCAUACACUAUGGGAUAA